CAUGACAUCUCUCGGAGGGCCGGUGUUCUGGCGGGAUCCGAGCCGUGACUGCGAGGGGGAGGGGGAGGGGGGGGAGCCCUGUGAGCUCCGCACAUGUGACGCGUUCUCAGGCAAGUUCAUUUGCAUGGGCGCCUCUUCAUAGGAGCGGUUAGCGCCCUCCCCUUCUCAUUCGUUUGUGAGCAGCAACGAGCCAUCGUCAUGCCCGAGCCAGCGAAGUCCGCGCCCAAGAAGGGCUCCAAGAAAGCCGUGACCAAGACCGCGGGAAAAGGCGGCAAGAAGCGCCGAAAGUCCAGGAAGGAGAGCUACGCCAUCUACGUGUACAAAGUCCUGAAGCAGGUCCACCCCGACACCGGCAUCUCGUCCAAGGCCAUGGGGAUCAUGAACUCUUUCGUGAACGACAUCUUUGAGCGCAUCGCCGGCGAGUCCUCUCGCCUGGCCCACUACAACAAGAGGUCUACCAUCACGUCCAGGGAGAUCCAGACGGCCGUGCGCCUGCUGCUUCCCGGCGAGCUGGCCAAACACGCCGUGUCCGAGGGCACCAAGGCCGUGACCAAGUACACGAGUUCCAAGUAAAGCGCCGGCAACCAGGGCGCUUUCCCAACCCAAAGGCUCUUUUAAGAGCCAC